UUUUCUGUUUAGCUUAGUAUGUGAUAGGAAGCGGUCGCGGGUAGACGCUUAGAAAUAUACUUAUAAAUUUUCGUAUUUGCGAUACAUUUUAUUCGACACGUAUUGAAAUUCAAGCAUUAGUGACGAGGAUAUAACGAAAAAUGAACUACUACUUAUCAGAGACGCCGCUGGCUCGUACAGAGCUUACCAAAGACAAGAUGGCGCAAUGGAUGGAAGGGCAGAGGAAAGCAGAGGCACUAGAAAAUAUAGACGUGUUCGGGAAACCCACAGACAAACAGCUGAAUGAACUAAAUAACGUCAGGAAAUUAAGCAAGGAAUUGCAAGAGAACUUACAAGAUAUAGAAAACUCGGUGCGCACAGCCGAAGUGGACAACCAAACCAUGAACCCCACCGCACCCAUCCUGGAUUACUCAGAAGACCACGAGUUCGUUUCAGCUAACCAGUUGGAUGACUACUAUGCUCAGGAAGAUCUGAUAGACACCAAGGAGGCGGAAAAACAGAGGCUAACCAAGGGUAAAGCUUCUAAAACAGACAUUCAGAUGUUUUACAAGGAUCAGUGUGUGUUUUUGACGGGUGGUACCGGGUUUUUGGGUAAAGUUUUAAUUGAAAAGCUGUUGAGGUCCUGUGGUGAUAUUGAUACUUUAUACGUUUUGGUGAGGCCGAAGAGAGGAAAGGAUCCCGUAACGAGGCUCCAUGAUAUGCUUGAUGAGUUUUUAUUCCAUAGAGCCCACGAAGAAAAUCCGAAAGGCAUACAUAAAGUUAUACCCAUUGUAGGCGACAUGGAAAUGCCGGGAAUCGGUCUUAGUGAUGAGGACAGAAAAAUGCUCACUUCAAAGGUCACAAUAAUAAUAAACUCAGCCGCUACAGUAAAGUUCGACGAGAAGCUAUCAAUAGCAACUGGUAUCAAUGUUCGAGGUACCAAGGAAGUUCUCAAACUGGCAAAGGAAUGUAGGAAUUUGAAGGCUAUAACUCAUGUAUCGACCGCAUUCUCGAAUACUCAUUUGCAAUAUAUUGAGGAGAAAUUUUAUGAACCACCAAUGUCGGUUGAAGCUUUAGAAGCCGUAUCCCAGAUAGACGAUAGUAUAUUAGAAUCAGUUUUGCCUACUAUCCUUGGUAAUCGACCAAACACCUAUUGCUUCACAAAAGCGAUCGCGGAAGAAGCUGUUAGGAUACACGGAGAGGGCUUGCCCAUCUGUAUCGUCCGACCUUCAAUCGUGGUGUCAACCUACGACGAACCUGUACGGGGAUGGACGGACAGUGUUUACGGGCCUACUGGACUAGUUGUCGGAAUUGGAACCGGAGUCCUGCGCACCAUGUACAUGGAUGUGAACAAAGUUGCGGACAUGGUGCCGGUGGACCUUUGUGUCAACGCCAUCAUCGUUUCCGCGUAUCACACUGCUAUGAAAUACAAGGAGAAUGAAACCUCAGACAUACCGAUCUAUAACUUCGUCUCCGGCGCCCAGGCUCCGAUUCGAUGGGGGGAAUUCAUUGAAUACAACAGAAGAUUCGGAAUGCAGACACCAACUAUUAAAGCCGUGUGGUACUACGGAUUAAAUCCCACAAAUAACUACUAUAUGUUCAUGUUCUACAACUUUUUCUUGCACUACCUGCCAGCACUGUUCAUUGAUGUAUUUUGCGCCUUGUUGGGGAAAAGGCGGGCAAUGUUAAAAUUCUACAAGAAGCUGACCAAAAUGGCGAACAUCUUAUUCUACUUCUCGACACAAGAUUGGACGUUCAACGACGACGGUGUUCAAAACAUGUGGAGAUCUAUAUCGGGUUCAGAUCAGACUGUAUUCCCUUUCAACAUCGGCGAUUUCUCCUGGGAGUACAUGACCGAGACUUUCUUAGUAGGAUUACGAGUAUACCUGAUCAAUGAUGACAUAUCAACAUUGCCAGAAGCCAAGCGGAAGUGGGACAGAUUAUACUACCUACACCAAUUCGUGAAGGUCACCGCUUUCAGUUUGGUAAUUUUCUUAGGCUAUUUAUUAGUCAAGGGUUUAAUCUGGAUUGUCUUUGGAUUAUAGUUUAACGUUUCAGAACGAUAAUGUUUAUAAGCCAAUAAAGGAACGUUGAUCCUUAUUAAGUUCUUCUCAACUGAAGUCUGAAACCUAAAACACAGCAUUUGGGGCGGAGAGGCACUAAAGGCGGGGACAUUGAAUUAAGUAUGUCACAGAAUAUCCCAUUACCCCGGUUUCGGUUCUUUACAAGUCACCACAGAUUAAACUGUAUACAGGGACAUUUAAGUAUCAGUUACCAGAGUGACAAGUCUCAUAGAAAGUCAAACCAACUACCGCCCCAGUUUUAAAGUGUUUUACCUAUAAGCCCUGCGCAGUCUACUAAAAGAAGGUUUACUUAAAGGCUGGCGUUUUUAGAUUGAAAAUAACAUUUCUAGGCCUCGUUUUUACGCUUUUUAUUCAAUGUUACAGUGACAUUUAAAAUAAAAAAAAACGCCAAGAUGA